CAGAGGCAGCGAGAGGGACGGAGCAGGGAGCUGCCCGGUGGAGGGGCUGAGGCAAUAGGCUACAAUACACUUUCUCCCUCUUUGAGAACAACAACGAGCUCUGAUCCAUAGGUGGAAAGCAAACAGACCGACACAGACUAGAUCACAGAAAUGUGACAAUUAGCCUACGAGUGGAGAGGAGAGCUGAAGAGGGGGGAUUUUAGGAAAACUGAAAUCAUCAAAGCAUCAGAGUCUACAUUAUUAAGGAGGAUUUAAGGAGGCUGCCUUUAUAAUCCAGCAUCAGAGGCGCAAUGUGAAUCCAAAUAACUUGUGUUAAUUGGAUAUUUGAACGAAUAGGACGCACUUCGAAGGGCUCUGAGGCACCAGGAGAACAAUCUGACAGUGGCCACUUCAUUUCACAUCUUUGUGGUUUAUUUGCAGACUGCCUGUCUUCACCGUCGACCUGCCCUCAGAAACUGGUUUGCAGCCUUUACUGUUAUGAUGUGCGUGUAAGAAGGAGUUGCUGUCAGCGUUUGUAUCGGAAUACCAUGCUGUGCGCUUGUGCCUAUCACACGCACUGGAGUUACCGUGAUUUCGGACUGAGGGGAUAAUUAUAGCGAGUCUGCUUCGCGAUUAUUGUCGCCUAAUUUCCCAGGUCCGACUCAGGUCCGCCAGACUUUGUGGAAAGGGGGAUUAUUAUUUGUUGUCAGUGUUCACCAGAGCCACGGCAGCCUGCGGUACAACUCGCUACAGCGGACUGCAAGAGCAUCCAAAGGAGUGACAGCUGACAUUAACGCCACAUCAAAACGAAGGCGCUCAAGUUUAAAAUCUGGAAUAUAAGAAUAGAUGAUUCUCCGAGGUCAGAAGACGAAGUACACCUAGGCCUAUAAAAUGUUCAAAAGGGGCUGUGGACUGGAGUUCCUGCUGGUUCUCUGUGGGCUCGAAUUUUCCUGGUCCUGCCCUCGUCACUGCAUCUGCUACACUGCACCCAGCACAGUCUCCUGCCAAGCCCACAACUUCCUGACAGUCCCUGAAGGCAUUCCUCCUGACAGGGAGCGCAUCUUCCUACAGAACAAUAAGAUCCAUCGCUUGCUCCGGGGCCACUUCAGCACCAACACAGUCACUCUCUGGAUCUAUUCCAACAACAUCACAUACAUUGAGCCCUCCACCUUCCAUGGCUUCGCACUGCUGGAGGAGCUGGAUCUGGGAGACAACCGCCACCUGCGCUCCUUGGCCGAAGACACCUUUCGCGGGCUGAGUCGACUCAAUGCACUACACUUGUACCGUUGUGGACUCAGUUCACUUCCUAAUAACAUCUUCCAAGGCCUCAGAAACCUACAGUAUCUGUACUUGCAGGAUAACCAUCUGAGGUUCCUGCAGGAUGACACAUUCAUGGACCUCCACAACCUGAGCCACCUGUUCCUGCAUGGAAAUCGUCUGUGGAGCCUUAACCAGAACACCUUCAGAGGCCUUCGAGCUUUGGACCGACUACUUCUGCACCAAAACCAGAUUGAAUGGGUUGACCGCCUGGCCUUCCAUGAUCUGAAACAUCUCACCACCCUCUACUUGUUCAACAACUCCCUGAUACAGCUGUCUGGACAGUGCUUGGACACACUACCUGCCCUGGAAUACCUGCGCCUGAACGAUAACCCCUGGUCAUGUGAUUGCAAGGCCCUGUCGCUGUGGGAAUGGUUGAAACGCUUCCGAGGUUCAACAUCUUCAGUGGGUUGCCAUGCACCACCUGAUAUGGUUGGGAAAGACCUCAAGGCAAUGCGCAAGGAGGAUUUCCCCAACUGUUCACCAAUUGUUCCUAACUCUGAGUCCAGAGCCCAGACUAAUAAUUUAUCUGGCACAGUGAAUCCGUCAAUGAAUCGCGGUGUAGUGGUGGGCUCUGGAGGGCAGACCCAUAUAGUGCACCCCUCGAGGCCUGGUCAUUCUCGGAACUGCACAAAGCCUCGUAACAGGGUGAGCAAGGGUAAGGGUCACAACGAAGUUCACCACUCAAAGGAGGUCAUGACAGACAAGGAGGAUUCCUCCCCAGAUUUCACAGAUGGGGGAAAACAUGACCACACAUCCCCAGAUGGCACCGUCACACGGAGGAAGCACAAGUGCACUCCCCGGACCACUGUUCGCCCCCCUAGUGGGGUUCAGCAAGCCAACAAUAGGGCAAUCUCGUCCCAGUCUUUACUACAUCGCUACGCCCUCUUUGUGGCCUUGAUAACAACAAAUAUCGACUACAUUCUCUGUUGACCUUCAGAGGGAUUGUCAAAUGCUAAUCACAAAAAACACAUCCCUCAGAUCCUCUCUUGCUCCUGCAUUGUACAAGGCCUGUGUGUCUUUUUUAUAUAUGUGUGUGCGAGUAUGAUUAUCUGUGUAAAUGUUGUGUUGGGAGCUUUGCUGUUCGGGCUGAAACAGGCAUCAAAGCAUCAAACAUCUACAACAGAGAGGCUCACAGGACAAAGUUUGGAGGCACUGGGAAUAAUUAAAGAUGAAUUCAGACCAAGCUUGCACUGCCACAUAAGCCAGAAUGAUUUCAUCGUCAUAUGUUUUGGUAUCAUAUAUAGGUUUUUUAACUACAUUUGGGGAAAAGACAGCAACAGUGGCAGAGAUGGCACAGCUGGCAAGGUAAAACCUGUUAGUUGGUUAACUCUGAGAUGGACAAGCUUUAAUUUUCAGUUUACAGUUUGUAAAUUGUUAUCAAGAAGGUACAAAUGAAACGCCAAUGGACAUGUAAGGCCUCAAGUGUCAGUGCUAUCUAGUUCUCAUCCUUUCUGCUAGAUGUGUUUUUUUGUUGCAUCCUUUGCUAAAAACAGGGCAUAACAAUUAGGUAAGUGUAAAUGUGGCAAUAAACCGUCAGUCCAUAUCAGACCUAGGAAUGUGCCAUUCGUACCACGAAAUGGAAAUCUACAGCCACAGAUGUUUUCAGGCCAUAAACAGAGCACACUGGAUAAAGCUGUAACAUAUUGUAACAACUAUACUCUGCAUAACGCUGGAAUUUUUCAGGUAGUGUACCAAUUUUCUGCCUAUUUUCUCAUUGGGAUUACAUUUCCACACACAGCUCUGUCUCCAGCUUCAUUCAUACCACCUCUUUCCUGUGCAACUGAAUUUCGAGCUGCUAAAAGAUGACGAGGACUGCCGUGCGCUAUUUUCAUUUGCUUGGAUAAGAGUGUGUGUCUCUGGGAGGUCAAGCUGUGAAUAUUGAAGUGUUUGUCUAUAUCUUGUGUCUGAUGUUGUUCAUUUCAUUUUUCUAAGACACAAAACGGACCUAAAGACAGAUCCCUGUUGCAGGGCCAGGGAGGUCAAGGGUCAGACGAGACUUUCUCAGUUUCCUGGUGAGGUUGCGCUGAACUAAUCCCUUUGUGGUGAGGGCAUACCUCCCUCACUGAGAAUCUGAGGAACACAUUUUUUUCAUAAUGACUUAACUUCAAAGGAAUACAAAAA